CAGUGCACAAGCAAGAAAAGCAUACGGUUUAAUUUGUCAUAUAGUUACGAUCAAAAAUAUUUUGCAAUAUCUUGGAUAAUUUAUCGACAAAGUCCGCUGUCGUCGAAAAAAGUUCAGUGAUGGAGUUGAACUCCGAAAUAGUUGUUGCUACUGCCUCCACGUGCAACGUUAACGGAGACAGUCUUCUUUCGAAAGACUGCACGUCGCCCGACGGUUGCCCUAUUCGAUCUAAUAGUGACAGUGACAGUGAAAUAGUGCAAGAAAUUUCGGAAAAGCAUUCGAGAAUCGAAAAGGAAAUUUUAUCCAUUGGAGAGGAUAACGGUCGAUUACCUCAGAGUCAAGGCAAAAGUUCUCAGGAUAGCAAGACUGACAGCUGCUCCUCGACGCAGUCCAGCUCUACUUGUACUAGUCAAAAAACUGAGACUGGCCCCAGUUUACAAGGUAAUAAUGAUGUUGAUGACAAUAAAAGCUCAAGUUCUGGUUCAACUCUCAAAGAAAGUCAGAACUCAAAUGGUGACGAUGAAGAUUCGCUUUCGUCCUCGACCACCGUGAAAAACAGCCAGCCUGUUGACGACGAUGAAAACAAUUCAAAAUCUAGUGAAUCAUUGAGCACUAGGACUUUACCUGUUACUAAUAGUAAUCGGAGUACACUUGAGGGAAGCCAAAACACAAACACUCAGCUCACAGAGGACAAUGAUUCACGUUCUUCUUUUACAAGCUCAAAUACAAAGUCAACGAUUCAGCACAAUCAAACUUUGUCUGAUAAAUUGCAAGAGGAUGAAAACUCUAGAUCUAGUUUUCAAUCGUCAGGUAGGAAAAGUCCCCUGGAAAAACAGAGUAGGAGCCCUUGCAAUGAUUUCACAGAAGACAAUGAUUCCCGUUCAUCAAUUGAAAGCUCAAAUUCUAAAUCGACAAUUAAGAAUAGUCAGCUUUCUAUUGAUAAAUCAGAUGGUGGAAGCCAGUCGAAUUCCAGUAUUAAUCUUCUUGAAAAUAGUAAGCCCAAGAAGUAUCUAAGCAUCGUUGAUUCUGAUUCUGAAGAUGAAAUCGUUGUACCUAAAAAAUCUUUUGGCGGUUUCGUCAGCGAUUCAGAUUCAGUGACCCAUGAAAAGUCUAACAAAAAAUCCAAACAGAAAAAUAAAAAACAGUUAUUUGACAGUAGUGAUUCUGAAGAUGAUAAAAAAAGUAAAAACAACGGCAUUAAAAAAGUAGUUGAUAAAUCAAUUAAUAAAUCCAAUCAAUUCAAUGACCUAAUAGAUUCAGAGUCUGAAAGUGAUAAGGAUAAUCAAUCAGAUCGUAGAGGUGGUGCUUCUUCAGGUGAAGAAAACAGUACUGAAAAAUCUAAAAGAGGAAAAAAAAAGUCAGAAAAAAAAAGAGUGGGAUCAAUCAGAGCAUCCAAAGAUGCAGCAAUGCAACAAAUUCACAGUGAAACACAAAGAUUGAUAAGAGAAUCACAAGUUUCAUUGCCAUAUCAUAGACCAAAACAGCGUACCCUUCAAGAAUUUUUGAACAGAAAGAAAAUCUCGGGUAUCAUUCCUCAAAACUUAACAUGUGCCGAGAAAGUUAGAAUGUUAUCUGCAGUUGUCAGUAAAGUUGUACAAGCAAAAGAAAAAGAGGCCGAAGAGUUUUACAAAUCAUCAGAUUCCGAAGAAGAGGAAGAAAAAAGUGAUAAGCCAUUGGUGAAAGAAUUGGAUCAAACGGAUAGGAAAAUCGACAAUAAAAGUGAAAGUACAAUUGAUGGUGAAGAUAUGAUUUUGGAGCCUAUAAAUAUAUCUAAUGGACAAAACCCAAUACAAGAUCGUGUUCAAGAUUCUCAUGAAAAUAAAUUAUCAACUUUGCAACAAAGAUUAUCAGAUUCUGGAGUCCCUAGAAAACUAUUUUUAGAUGACGAUAUUGAUUCAGAAUCUAGUACAAAAACUGAAACAUUGCCAAACGAGAAUAAUAAUUUAGAGUUGAAAGAUGCAGAUGCUGUGAAAAAAAUUGAAGAAUCUAAAACUGAAACAAAAGAAUCUUGUACUUCACAUGAAAUAACUGCAGAUCAUGUUGAAGCUAUGGAGGUAUGCAAUGACAGGAGGGAAACUGAUAUAUCUAUUUUGGACAAACCAAAUUUAGAAAGUACCAAAUCUAUAGUCGAUCCUGAUGAAAAAGAAAAAGCAGCUGAAAAUAAAAAUGAGCACGAAAAUAGCACUGAGGAUUUUGUUUUACAGAUGCCGGACGAAACUGAACCAAAUGUAGAUGAAAAACCUAACGAUUCCAACAAAAGUACUGGUCAAGAAAUUAUUAUAAAUACAGAUGAAAAACCAUCUGAAAGUAAAGAUCAAGAUACGGUGGUAGAAACAGUUAAAGUUGACAAUAGAGACGAAUCAGCAUCAGAUAAAUCAGUUGCUCUGACAUCUGAAAAUCCCAUUGAAAAACAAAAGUUAAACAAUAAAACUUCAACGGAAGAAACUGAAGAGAUGGUUUUAGAAUUUCCAAAAGAUACUAAUAACGAGGACGACAUCAUAGACAAAAAUGCGUUAAGCGACAAGUUGUACAAGCCACCGGAAUUUGACGAUCUUGAGGAGAAACCCAGCUUCAAAAAGAUAAUUUUAGCUAAUGCUCUCAAAUCAAAACCCAUGAUUAAAGCUUUGCCGGGCUCGAUGAUUGAUUUCACGAGCAUUGAUCAAAUAUCGGAAGGUGUCACAAAACUGGUGGAUAGAUUUACGCGUCAUUCAGCCGUUCACAAGCACAAUGCAAAUAAUGUAGUCGAAGUCAAGGUCAUGCGUACUGAAGGUGUAGACAACGAUAUCUCCAUUGUCGAGGAAAUGUUACCCUUCAAUAAAACCCUUACAGAAGAUGACUGCACGAAAGAAGGCAAGCCGGGUGAGAAGCUCAAAAUUUUGAAAGAAGAUUUAAAACGCAAAAUUUCCUCAGUUAAAAACGAAGAAUGGAAGCAUAAAGAAGAAAACGAAAAGGAGAACGAGGAAGAAGAGGGUAAUGGCAAAGAUGAUGAUUUCUAUGCAGGUUUACCUGACGAUGACGAGGAGUUCGAUGAUGAGGAGAGUGCUGAAAGCGAGCUAGAAGAAGAUGACAUGCCUAUUGUGGAAAAAAAGAGGCCAAAAUGUGAAUUUGGCGAUGAAGAAGCUGAGGAGAGUGUAGAUGAAGAUGAAGAGGAGAACGAAGACGAAGAGGAAGAAAAAGAAGAAAACGAGGAUGAAGACGAAGAAGACGAAGAUGAAGAAGAGGAAUCCGAAAAAGAGGAGGAAGAAGAAACUAACAAAAGUCCUAAGAAACUCAAGAGAAUCAUAAAACCGUUCGAUGAAGAGGAUUCAAACGAUUCGGAUACAAGUUUGAAUAAUAAAGCAACGGAAGCCAAAAAUUUGCUCGAGCGUACAAAAAUGGACCAAGACAUAUUUCUCUCACAAAUAAAAAGUAAUUUUGUUGUCGAGGAUUUGGUUGAAGACUCUAGUCCUGCGUUUAUUCGUGAUCGUCUUGAUGCCGAUGCCAGCAGUCAGACUUGCAAAACCCCACUGCCGAAAAGUAAUUUGAUACUCAGUAUGAUCUCACCAGUAACUCAUUUAACUGCUCUGAAUUCCUAUAAUGACUCAGCAAAGAAGUCCGAUGCUAAGACGCCUAACUUUAAUCUUGGAAAUAUUUCUACCGACAGUACGCCCUUUGAAAACAGUGGUAGACCAUCAAAUAAUUUCAGUUUAGAAAAAAUGAUGAGUCUGCAGAAGAAACUAUUUGAAGAUCCUCCUGAUCCGGUGCACGAUAACGAGCUAUUAGAAAUUUGCUCGGGUAAUUUCGAUGAUACACAAAACACUACCGAACCAGCGUUGAGGUUCGACAAACAAAACGAAGUAACAGACUCGCAAAUCAUGGACAUUUGCUCGGGUAGUUUUGUCAGUCAAUCAACCUUUCUGCAACCAUGUGACGAAACGUCGCAAGACAUGGCACUGAUUCUAGACCCUGAGGAGGAGUCUAUAAAGAGUCCAAUAAAAAACACAAGUUUAAAGAAAACAAGCGACGAAUCGAUGUCGAACAAUGACUCUGAAAGUUCGCGAAAAUCUGCUGCAGCGAAGAGUCCUCUCAAAAGUACGGUCAAAUCUGUUUUUAAAUCGAAAAAUCCAAUGGACGCUUGGCUGAUGCAAACGCAACAAAAACAUCUGAAUGAAGUUACAGAUUCACAGCUGUUAGACAUAUGUUCCGGAGCGUUUGUUUCACAAGCAGCAGACCCGAAAGAUUUGGAAAGUGAAGUAUCACAAGUACACAAAUCAGAUACCUUACAAGAUUUAUUUGAGAGCACGAGUCAAAAGAAGCCCAAUCAACCGGAAUCCUCGAAAGAAAAAAUAACAGAAGAAGAAGAACCGAAAGCUCCGUGGACAUCGUUCAGGAUCGCUUCCUCUUCAGACGAAGAGAAUGAAAAAAGCGAAAAUCAAAAGAAACGGAUGAAGAAGAAAAAAUUGAAAAAGAAAAAAGUACAAAAACUUGAGUUAUCGGACGACGAAGACGAGGAACGCAACGAAUAUUCAGAUUUGGAAGAGGAAAGCGAGUUUGAGGAAGAAGAAGAAGAUGAGGAGGAAAAGUACUUUGACUAUGAUUCCGAUGAGAAUGAAGUCAUAGUUAUACCAAAGAAAGAAAUAAAAAAAGUUGCGGGGAAAUUCCUUGACAAAGAAGCCGAGCUGAGCGAAAGCGAAUGGGGCUCUGAUGACGAGGAUGAAAGGGAUUUGGACAAGCUAGAAUACGAAGAAGGCGAUGCCGAAGACAUCGACGAAGCUCAAGUGAAACAUCAGCUCGACAAAUUACACAUGAAGCAAGUCCUGGAUGAUGAUCAAAGGGAAGUUAGAAUGCUCCAAGAACUUCUUUUUGAUGAUGGUGAUUUGCACAGCGAAGGCGCUGGUCGCGAAAGGAAAUUUAGGUGGAGGAAUGUCGAUAGUUUAGGAGAUGAUGAUAAUGUAGGUUCCAAAUUGGAAGACAACAUUGAAAAUUUCGAUGAUGAAGUGGACGCCUCUAUGGAAGUUCAAAUGCGAAAGUUGAGAUACGAGCAGCAAAAGUUUUUAGAAGAAAAUGAGCAAAAAAUCGUCGAAACAAUAGAAGAUGAUUUUGCUGACAGCGAAUUUAUGAAAUCUAGUUUGAAAGUUGUUAGCGUUCGUUCUAGUAAGACUUCAGUCACAGAACAAAAAAUGACAAAAACUUCUGAUGUUGACAAAACUGUCACGACGAGUGAUAUGAUCAAAGUUGUUUCGAACAAAUCAAUUAAGACCAAGAACAGCUUUUCAUUUUCUAACCCAAGAGGGUCAUUCCUGGCAAGAGGAGAAGCAGCACUACAUCGAAUAGCUCAAAAUUUACCUCAGUCGAACAUGCCAGUCAUUUCUAAUCGUAAAAAGAACUUUGUUUUUGAACACAUUAGCCCUAAGGUAGCCAAUCCUCCGGUAGAUUCGGAGCAAGAAAAUGAUACUCCUGCCAAAGAUUCGAACAAGCGUAAGAGAAAAAUAAUACCGAGUCAGCAGACGCCAACGACGUCGAAAAAACCCAAGAUUAACGACAAAAAACCAGGCAAGAAGUUAUUUUAGUCUUUCCAUUGAGAUAUAAUUGAUUUUAAAUAUUGUUAAGUAUUACAUUAUCUGCUUGUAAAUAACAGACCGCGUAUCGUCGAUUCUUAAAUUUAAGCCUAUGCAUAUUUGUACAAAAUAAUAUAAUGAACAGUUGGACCUUA